GAAGAGCACGAACAAGUCACCUGGCAAACUGUUCACACGUGGAUCAGCCGUGCCGGAUACGUGAAGGUUUUUUUCUUCUUUUUCCUCACCUUCGGCAGCAAGAUCAUGGAAAUCUCCCAGACCUUGAUCAUCGGCAGCUGGAUCAACGCCAAGGUGGCUGACGCCAACGCCAACGACGGCUUCUUCAUGUGGCUGCUGACCCUCUCCUGCGCCUUCUGCGCGUUCCUGGCCUUCUCCGUCACAGCGCAGGCGACGAACGCCUCCAACACUGCGUCCGCGUCUAUCUACUUGGACACCCUCGGGGCCCUGCUCCGAGCGCCGAUCGACCUCUUCUUUGACAAGCAGCCGGUUGGACGCCUGAUCAACCGGUUGACAGGCGAUGUUGGCACCAUCGACGUGCAAGUGCCUGGGAUUCUCACGAGCAUGUUCUGCACGGCUGCUUACAUCAUCGUGGCGCAGCUCUGGUCCUUCUCUGUGAUUCCUUGGCCUCUGAUUUUGGCGGCCAUGCCAUUCUACUGCAUCAUGGGGUACUUCUUCGGCCUCUACGCCAACACGGCAAUCUCCUUGGUGACCUACAGCAAGCACAUCCUUUCGAACCUGCAGGACAUCCAAGCCAUGGCCAUGGGCACGGCCGUGUCCAUCCGAGCCAACAACAUGGUCGAAAACUUCGUCGCCAGGUAUCAUCGUCAAGUUCACGCCGCAGUGAGGACCCGUACCCUCGUGAACGCCAUGAGCCGAGCCUGGGCACAGUCCAGGAUCUUUCUCACCUUUGGCACGCUGACGUGCCUCUUUGCCAUCGGUGGAAUGUGGACGGGCAUGCCCCUGGGAACCCUCGCAGCAAUCAUCACGCUGUCCUUCACCCAAAUGGUGGAGUUUGACAAUGUGUCCUUUGGCAUCACGACGCUGAUCUUUGUGAUGAAUUCGGUCCAGCGCAUUCUGAGCUACAGCGACGUGCCGCAGGAGGCUCCUCUGGACAUGGAUGAGGAUCCCGUGAUCUUCCGGCAAGUGCGGGUGGACCGAUCUCACUUGGGUCAGCUCACACAGAAG